CAGAACGUUUGGAUCUGACAGCUUAGCAGUGUCUCUAGUGCCCUUAAAGAUGGCGACUUUUUCGCAAGUGUUUUUAGACAGGGAAACCGUCUGUGUCUUUUAAUUUUUUGAGUGUAGAUUGUUUUGGGUUCUUUCGCUGUCUUCAAUGAUUUCCUAGCACUGUGUUUGCCGUAGAGAACAGGAGCACCAUGAAUUGUCACCAAAUUCUGAGCGGGGCCUGCAAUGUAGGCGACCGUUGCUUCGCUGUGGGGAGUGUUGAGGGGAUUCCUUUUACAGCUUAUGCUGCUGGAUGUAACAUAGUAAUAUUGGCAAGCACCUUUGAGCGUGUUCAGAUUAUUCCUGGUGCUAUUCACAAUUAUAUCCGCAUCUCAUGCCUUGAUUGCUCUACUGACACUGGUAAAAUAGCUGCUGCCUAUGAGAAUCAAGUAUGCAUCUUCGAGCCAACCCCUCUCAUUCAUCAUACUUCAUCGCAUCAACUCGACUAUCGAUGGGUGCAGACUGGCAGUCUUCAAACAGAAUCCCACAUCAGCUCAUUGUCUUGGAACCUAGAGGGAACAAGGCUGCUCACUGGUGGAGAGGUACUGCAGCUUUGGCACCAGAGGCUUGACCCAAGAGCGGAGGCUGAUGUGGAAAAUGGAGGACAUUCUGGAGUCACUUUUGAAAUUGGGGGUGAGUCCCAACCAAAUUUAUCUGGCCCUGGUCUGGACACCGAAGAGGAUUCCUGGCAGGGCUGGGAUUGUGUGUGGAAAUGCCGCACUGCCACUCCAGUAUUCCACAUGGCUUUCUCUCCUGAUGGGACACUUUUUGCCACUGCGGGGAAGUGUGACCGACUUGUCAAAAUAUGGUUUGAAAAUAAACAAUUGUUGUUCCCCACUAAAAGUGUUGAUCAGCCUCUUGGAUUCACAGGCCAGUCAGUUGCAUCAGAGUUUAACUAUGGCUUUGUCUACAUUGCUCAUCCUCGUGCAGUUACACAAAUUUCUUGGAGAAAAACUAGCAAAUAUAUGCCAAAGGGCUCUGUUUCAAACAUGCUGGUAACAUCCUGUCGAGACAACAUAUGCCGACUUUGGGUGGAAACUGUGCUGCCUGACGAUGGUCUAGUCAAUAUGAGUCAACUUGAUCCACUAGCUGCUCAAAACCCUAAAUUUCGCACUCAUCGUCACAAACAUCGUUUUAUGCAAAGACUUAAACACAUGAAAACUUGCUUUCACAUAAGACGACAUGCCAAACAUAAUCAAGGUAGAGGCAGUAUACCUGGAUCGACUGCUCCUAUUCCCACCUUGCCAUCCACUUACAGUGUUCAUGACUUCCAUAACUAUGGCUUCCAUGGGACUGGGGUGACACCUGGUUUGCACUUCCACUUAGCAGCAAGCAUUAAUGGAGAGACUGAUAUUCCUUUGGUUCCUAGUCUUAUUACUGGUGAUCCAGAAAGGGAGCCCAAUUUUAUCCUUCAUUGGCUGAACAACAAGGAGAUGCAUUUCACCAUGCAAGCAGAAAGUAUCCUUCACGAGCUUACCCGCAAGGGCAUGGAGAAAGAAGAGGGAGCUGAGAGUAAUCGGGACAGUUCAGAGCAGCACGAAUCAGAACAUGAUGAUCGAGGCACAAAGCGCCGCCCUGGGCGUGUGGGGAAGACUUUGUCACAAGAUGAGAGUGGAAGUGAAGAAGUUAGCGCAGCCCACCACAGCAGUGUUCCUUCCAGUGGCCCACACAGUCAUCAAUCGCUUAGUGCGGCUACAUCAAUUAACUCACUUGCAACAGAUACAGGACCUCCUUUAGGUCAAGUGCCAGACUUCUUGGAGGCAAAAAUUGACAACCUCUUGAGAGACUGGCACCAAAGUCCAGAUUUGCUCUUCUCAAUCCACCCAAUUGAUGGAAGCUUUCUAAUAUGGGUUGUAGAGUGGUUGGAUGAGUAUCAUCCUGGUUCAUUUCGUCAAGCUCAAGUUUCAUUCUCAACUCGCAUCCCGUCGGCCUUCCCUCUCGGCGAUGCGGCCACCAUGUCAACGAACGUGUGCCUUUACAGCGCAUCUGGGUGCACUCACCAGCUUCUUAGCACUUGCCUUCAUGGAGAGGGAGCAGCCAAGUCUCCUUCUUCAGCCUCUGCCAUGGGAGUGUCUGGUUUAGUCAAUGGAGGUGGAACACCGGGACUCAAUGCAUCGUCUCUUGAUCCUUCUGCUGAAACAACCACGCCUCUGCCGUGCGUGAUGGAGGAGGAACCAGACUGGAGUCCAGGGAAUGAAAAUGUUACACCGAUGAUCACAAAAACAAGUGCAAGUGGAGGAAACAAAGUCCAUGGUACCCCAGGCAGUCCUCAGGCUGAGGAUCCAGAGCAUAACAACAUGCAUGAACUUAUUGCCGGUGCUCCUUCUCCUGUUGCCUCCAUGGUUACAAAACAUUCCAAUGGUACCUUGAAUUUGUGGCAAAUCACUUUUGCCGAUCGCACCAAGUUCUCUCAGGUUCUGAGCAUUGGUCAUUUCUCCCGAGCCUCUGGGCACCGCUUCCGGGUUAAUGAUAUAACUUGUCACCCCGUAUUGCCUUUGCUGUUGACGACGUCACAUCACAAUCUUCUUGAUGCUCCAAAUUCACCAGACGAUGAAAUUGGAGUCGAGGAAGGUGUAGAUAAGCAGGCAGCUCGAGCCAAGGGACUUCCUUCAGGAUUUUGCAGUGAAUUGAUUCUUUGGAGAGUAGAUGCAGUUGGUCCACUAUCCAAGUCAGGUGGGGUAUCAGAACUUGCAAGGAUUAACUCCCCUGAAAUAUCAGCUUUUUCCAAUGUUGCAUGGAUACCAACACUCCUCCCAAGUACAACUUUGGGCAAUCUAUCCAAUUCUCCAAGUGCAUGUUUUGUUGCCUCUGAUGGAGAAAGUCUUCGAGUUUAUCAAGCUGUUAUUGAUGCACGUACCCUACUGGCUGAAGUUUCUUCAUCUGAAAGACGUAGCCGCAUGCAGGACUCUAUGGUCAGUUUGUCCUCGGAUGCUUCAUCAGAUGAUGGUAUGAAGCAUUCUUCUCUUCAUGAUCGUAUCAAGAUAGUGUCCCAACAGUCAACAUCUCGCCCUGGCUGCAUCAUCCAACUGGAUGCUAUUGCUGAUGCAACUCACGAUUGGCAAAACACCCAAUUCCUUCAUGUUUUCCAAGAGCAACUCAUAACUGGUGAACGUGAUGACAAGAAUUUUGCUCCCACAAUAGAAUCAAACCGUAGAGAGAGUGAUCUUGGAUUGAUGGAAUCUCAACUUGGUGCUAUGGUUGAUCUUCAGCAACUUUCAGUUUUUGAAGAGCCUUUCUAUAUUGUGGUUUUAGAGAGAGCUGGAAACAAAACUGUCGUUCAUAUGUGGAGACUAGUCAUGGCAUCUCAACCGGAGAGUCAUGAACUAACAGGAAGUAUGAUGUACGUACCUGAUAGUCAAUUGGUUCAAGAUGAUGAGGAAAAUGAAUCAACUGGUCGUCAUAACAGCACCACUACCACCACUGGUGAAAUGAGGGAUGAUCGGCAUCACGAGCCUGUUCAAGCACCCCAUGUUCUUAUCACAACCACAAAGGUUUGCACUCAAGAGUUGCCCCUCCCUGAUGGUGUUGAAGUGAUUCAUGCUUCUCCUGCUGCCGGACAUCUGAGCUCUGCAUCUAUAUACCCAGCCUGCUUUGCUCCAUACAUAGUUGUCACUGCUUGCUCUGAUAGCACUGUGCGGUUUUGGAAGUGCAAGGUAACCAAAAGCAAUGGCUCUAAAAAGAAUUAUGAAUGGUGUGAGUGGGAAAUGUUGCGGAAGGAUCAAGAGUCAACUAUUGAUAUUUCAGGGCAACCACUGAAUAUCAGUGCUGCCUACAGUGGAAGAAUUGCAUGUGCUUAUAAAUAUGGAAAAUCAUUUACACGACCGAGCAAGAAUGAUCCAGAUUCUAGAUAUGUAAACCUUUGUGUUGCAAUUUAUGAAUGUGAAAGCACAGGAGGAUCUGAAUGGGUCCUGGAGGACACAAUACAUCUGAAAAAUAUCCAUCUCCCUAGAAUGCGUAUGGACCCCCACCUUGAUCUGAGUUAUCUCUAUGAUCAGAGUUUUUUGCAGUCCAAACAGCAGCGCAUUAAUACCCUUAUGCGUGCAUUUUCUUCUACAGAAGAUUUAGAAAAUCGUUCUCCCCUUAACAAAAAUGGAGAGCAAAGUACUCCUCCUGUAUUAGAACCUCCAAGCAGUCUUCAUAAAACUGGUGCGUGCUUUGAUGAGGGCUGCGGAUGUCUUUUGGCAGUUCCUAGCUUCAGUACGCUCCAGUCUCUUCGAAAAUCCAUUAUAGAUCACGGCAACACCUGCCCCCUGACUCAGAAGCACCUUGUUCAGCUUGAUUGGGUGUCCAAAGAAGAUGGAUCUCAUAUCCUUACUGUAGGAGUUGGUAGUAAGGUCAUGCUCUUCACUCCAGUUUCAAGUGACCUUGCCCAAGCAAAUAUGAAGGCCAUGAAGGAAUCUCAGUCUACCAAUAGACCGAUACUCCGGAAAGCUUCUUCUCUGGCUGCUCCUAAUUUUGUUGAUGAGAUCAGAUGGAUGAAGCUCCGUAAGAUAGAUUUGACCACAGCUGAUGGUCUGCCCCCACUUCCCAUGCAAAUUUCUUGGGUUCGUGAUGGAAUUCUAGUCGUUGGAAUGGACAGUGAAAUGCAUGUGUAUUCUCAGUGGAAACCAGACUUUGCUGAAGAGUUUGGGCCAGUUUCUGGGAACCGACUUAUCCACCAAGAAUCAGAUGAACUCCAAGAUACCCGUAAUCUGCGUGAUGAAGAUCUACGCAAUCUGGCUCAAGAGACUUCCCAACGUCGACUGGCAAAUGUUAGUUCAAUGCCCCACCUAUCAAGAGUCAGCUCCAUCAAUUUGAAUAUGCUAUCAUCGGACACAAAGAAGAGAAAAGGAGCCACUGCUCAAGCAGAGCCAAUUAAUGUGGACUACAUGCCUGACUACGGUUUGUUUGAGGCGAGCCGAAUUGCGUGUCCUGUCCUUCCACAGUACCAUCCUAAACAACUGAUGGAACUGCUGAACUCUGGCAAGAUCCGAUGGGUAAAAGCCAUUCUUGCCCACCUUGUUAGGUGCAUCUCUGGUUCCUAUGCCGUGAGAGGUCAGACAGUUUGCUCUAGUUCUGAUGAGGAGAGCAUAGUGAGGCAGCGGGGAUGGUCACGUUCGCGAACCCUUUCCGUCAGCUAUGCAGGAACUACAAGUCCUCUAGAGCAAAGAGGAUCCACUACUGCCAUCCCUGAAGAACUGACCUUGGAUUAUGCUGAAAUAACUUCAAUCCCCCCACUGCCUCUGUGGACCCUGCUGGCAGCUGACAAGGAAACAGCUGGAAAUAGCACCCAAGGCAAAGAUGAUCAACAGGAUUAUAAUGACUUGUUUGAUGCCAAUGUGUCAAUGGGCGAUGAAUCUCUAGAUGACAUUUUAGAAGAUGAGAUGCCUGAUUCGCCACGCAGACGAGACCGAAGGCAGUCAGUUGCUCAGGAAAGACAGGGACUGUCCCACUUUGGCCCAAGGCAGGGCAGAGUCUUAUCACGUUUGCUUACUCACACCCAUCUACCCGGUCUGUCGAGUUUGGAUCAAAUGCACUUGUUGGCAUUGGCAGACACUGUGUCGACCUGCAACACAGACUUUGCUGAAAGAUUUGCCAUUGAUGCUGCCAAAACAGCUAUUGCCAAAGAGAAUCUUACUGGUGUGCCAGAAGGGGAAGAUGUUUCCACAGAUUCACUUGAUGAUUGUGGUCUUCGGUUUUUACUGGCAAUGAAGCACUACAACUAUUUACUUCGCUGCUUACCACUUGUUCAAAGAGCCCUCUUCCAGAGACAGGGCGUGAGCACCAACAAUCUAGUCUGGGCGUACCAUUCUGAAAGUGAGGAAGAGUUACUCCAACUAAUACCUUCCUAUGCUAAAUCUCAGCCCCGGUGGAGUACAUUAAAAGAGCUUGGAGUGGGUUGGUGGUUGAGAAACAACACCACCCUGAAAACUUGCAUUGAAAAAGUGGCUAAAGCUGCUUACCAGUCAAGCCAAGAUCCUCUGGAUGCUGCCAUAUUUUACCUUGCCAUGAAAAAGAAGAGUUUGGUUUGGGGCUUGUUCCGAUCUAGACGAGACGAGCGUAUGACCGCCUUUUUCGCCAACAAUUUCUCUGAAGACAGAUGGCGCAAAGCAGCUCUCAAAAAUGCAUUUGCUCUUCUUGGAAAGCAGCGUUUUGAGCAUGCUGCUGCCUUCUUCCUUCUUGCCGGAGCACUUCAAGAUGCUAUUGAAGUGUGUUUGAACAAACUUGAUGAUCUGCAGUUGGCAAUGGUCGUUGUUCGUCUGUAUGAAGGAGACAUGGAUUCCACUCCUCCCAGUCUCAAGAGAUUGUUAUAUGAGAAUAUCCUUGGUCUUGAUAGCAAUGGUAACAACCUAAACCCCUCAAGAGCGCACCCAGAUCCAUUCCUCCGGUCUAUGGCUUUGUGGACUCUGAAAGACCAUACAGGAAGUCUCAACACACUGUUACAGACAAAUAUUGGGUCUAUGCACCCUAGUUAUAAUGAUGAGGACAAGAGUGAGGGAGCAACAGCAAACCCAAAUGUGUUUAACUUUUAUGUGUAUCUGCGCACUCAUCCUCUACUCAUUCGCCAGUAUCUUGCCAGUACUGCACAGGAUAAGAAGAAAACUCAUGUUGUUCUGUCUGGUUUCACAUAUGGCUCUGAUACCAGUACCUCCAACCCUGAUAGACAGCUGCUAAUUGAAGAUUCAAUCACUCCUUUGGAGAGGCAACUGUACUUCACCACAGCUCAUGCCCACUUCAAGGCUGGUUGCCCGGCUCUAGCAUUGGAGGUGCUGUCAAAACUUCCCAGCAAAGUGAUGGAUGCCAAUGGAGAGGAUUCGCCAAGCCUGCUCAACAGCCCGAGCAAGACGCGCGUCACCGACUCGAGGAUCGACACCGGCACACUCGACUGGGGCGAGCCCGUCUCGGCGUCCAAGCCUGCGUCGGCCGCCGCGGAGAGCUCGCUGGAGUUCGACUGGUCGCAGCCCGUCAUCAAGAAGGACGACGAGCUGGUCCUGGACUGGGGAGACGACAAGGAGGAGGAGGACGAGGACGAGGAAGCGAGCAAGCCCAUCGAGAUGAAGCCGGCCGUCGCCACUCCCGCCGAGCCCGUCGCCCAGAAUGAAGACGUGAGCAGGGGAGGUACCUUGGACAUCAUGGCCCAGCAGCUCAAGUUUGUGGCAUGCCUCAAAAUACUCAUGGAAGAGCUGUCCACCCUCGCAACUGGGUUUGAGGUGGACGGCGGGCAGCUGCGCUAUCAACUCUAUGUUUGGCUGGAGAGGGAAGUGGAGGCGCUCAGACAGCUGUGUAAUUACAGUUCCGGUGAUGGAGAGCCUUUGGCGCCAAGCGAUUAUGAAAUGGGAGAUCCUUAUGAUGCGCGAGACUACACCAGUACUCCCACAAUGAUGAGACCUGGGGAGAAGCCAACACUUCAUGAGAUUCUGAUGGCAGAAAAAUUAGAUUUUGAAGCUAAAGUUCAAAGAGCUGCAAAGAGGAAACGCUGGCUCAAAGCUAAUGAGACCUUGCUGCGUACCCUGUUGAGUUACUGCAGUUUACACGGAGCUAGUGGAGGUGGCCUAGCAUCUGUUCGAAUGGAAUUAGUUUUAUUGCUUCAAGAAUUACAGCAAGAGAAGACACAGCAGCAGCUUCUGUCCCCAUUGCCCUUCCCCACCACUCUGCCUCUUCUCUCUGCUAGUGUUGCCUGUAACAAAACUGUUGUUGCUGAUCCAGUGCGGCAUUUACAGGCCCAGGCUCAUGAUAUGUUGCAAACCAUCAUUGAUUUCCGUAACCCUCCAAUGCUAACUCGGGCCAAAUUUAGCCAUGUAUUUGUGCUGCGAGAUCUCUCUGUUGCUUUGUCUGCCUGCAUCUACCAAUCACUUUGCGAUUCAGACACAUUUAGUGUCAAGCAUCAUACAGACACGUUCCAAAGCACAGGAAUGGAAACCUUGGCCAGACUGAAUGUGGUGUAUCCUAAUAGCCAUCUGAUAGCAGGCCACACAAGGCGAAGGAGAUACUCCACUGAUGAACCGUUGCAAGUAACGACUGUUCCAUCCAAAUGGCCUGGUGUCACCAAUUUACGAGCUUUGCUGGCUCGAGACAAGGAUGAGGAUACACCUCGGCUGAACAUUUUGCUUUGCGAGACAUUUGUUGCUACAUACAUGAGCUUGAUUACCUAUGCUACUGCAACUUGUGAUUCACAUAUUCUCUACCGCCUUGCUGGUCAAAAUUUCUCAAACCUUACCUGGGCUACACUGUUUGGAGGUGGCGUGAAAAAAUUGCUAAGAGUGGCACAGAGCACAUCUACCCAUUCUGCUGGAAGUACCAACACUAGUCUGGAAAGAGAACAAAGUGUUUCUAGUGAAGGUAGUGUAUGGACUUCAAUCACCAAGCAAAGAGCUCGAUUGAACAUGAAACUUCUGGGUCAGUUUGGCAGUCAGUCUGGAACUCCUCAAAUGAAAGAAGACAAGCCUACAUACCGAGAACAAUUUGUUUCGCCUGAAAUGUCAAUGCUUUCAUACUUCCUGAACAAGCCUCAAGCAACAGAAGAUGCAGAUGAAGUCGACUAUGAUUCUGCAGAUUCUGCUGUCAGUGACUUAAGUGAAACUGAGGAUGAAGAUGACGACAACAUUUUUGAUGGGACAAGCGCUACACAGAAAGAAAAGCGAAAGAAUAAAGAAAGAGAGAAUGUAGAGCACUCUAAUCCCAAUUCUUACAGUUGGUGUGUUCUUCGACUUGCUGUCAUGAAAAUUGUCCAGUGCCAACUCCAAGAGUUCUUAAAUGUUGCUGGCAUAGAGCUACAGGAGCUACCCGUGUGCAGUCCACUCAUACAUGGAGUGCUUCGCUCUGUGAACCAGUGGGUUGACUCUUUGAGAGAUGAGCUUGAAACUAGGGGGCCAGCUCCAAUUGAUUAUAUCCCUGGAUGCUAUGUGGAAUCCUCAGCUACUGGCCCAGCUAUUCACAAGUACCGCUCUCUCUUAGACAAAUGUAACACUCCAUUCCACCCUCGCCACAUCUCAGCAGCUCCUGCUCGACGCUUGUGGAGCUUCCUUGUGAGACAAGAGCCAGUCCAAGAAAUCUUUAUUCGAUGUGUCUUUGGAAAGAAAAGGUCAAUGUCGACGCUUCUUGAUGGUGGCCACCAUGUUAAUGAUGGAAGCCCUGCCCUACGAGGUGGUGGCAAUUCUUCGGAUGACAAUAAAGGAACAACUGUCGAUCAUGCUGGCAAUCCUUUGCCUGAACCUGUUCGUAUUAUUCAUAAAGAGCAGGAUUCCAUUUCUGCUUUCUGCCUCAACCAGGUCAAUGCUGGUUUACUAGCCCUUGCAACACCCAGAGAAGUACAAGAAAUGGAUAUUUCACUCUUGCUAGAGCUCCCGUCAUGGCUAGAGGAUGAAUGUGAAUUUGAUAUUAUAAAUCUGAACAAGGAACCUGAAACUCUUCCGCAGUCCAGUUUCCUUGUAAUCCAAACAGCUGCUGACAGGCCUCACUUGGCUCAGACGUCUCCAGCCAUUCAGAACUACCAGCAGCCAGCGAGUCCUCAGCCUGGCAUUGCAGGGCAGUCGGGUCGUGGAGCUUCUGUGAUGAAGGGCCUCAACUUCCCAGGGUCUCAUGACCCCAAGUUUUGUCAGUUCGUGAUCGACCGUAGUCGACACUUAUUGAAACCGGUGAUGAAACACAAGGUGGAUGGAAUACGCAGACUGAGUGCCCAUCCUUUGCUUCCUUUGUACCUUACCGGAUCUCAAGAUGGUUCCGUGCAAAUGUGGGAAUGGGGUCAUUCACAACCUGUUUCCGUUCCUCGGUCUCCCGGCACGUUUGCGAAGGUUACUCGAGUCCGAUUUUCUGAACACGGGAAUAAAUUUGGGGUUGCCGAUGGUGAUGGAAAUCUCAGUCUGUGGCAAAUUGGACUUCAAUCUAAUGCCAGCAGACCAUUCUUUACUUACCAAUGUCAUAGUAAGGUGACAAGCGAUUUUGUGUUCCUUGGAGCAUGCAGUUUGGUUGCAACGGCUGGUCACAGCUCUGAAAGUAAAAACGUUGCGUUAUGGGAUACCCUCUUACCUCAAAAGAAAUCGCUCCUUGCAGUUUUCAACUGCCAUGACCAAGGAGCUUCAAGUCUUGUGUAUGCACCUCAACACCAACUUUUAAUUUCUGCUGGCAAGAAAGGAGAUGUUUGUAUAUUUGAUGUUCGUCAAAGGGUGAUGAGACACCGCUUCCAAGCUCAUGACUCUGCUGUGAAGUGCCUUGCUAUAGAUCCUGGUGAAGAAUUCUUUGUGACAGGGUCUGCUGAUGGAGAUAUUAAGGUUUGGGGCUUAUCAGUUCAUCAACAGCUGUACAAUUUCCCUGGAGAACAUGCACGGUCCAGUUUCUUCAAAAAUAUUGGUCAAGGGGUGACACAACUGAAAGUUGACGGAUGUGGUCGUCUCUUUUCAUGUGGAGCAGAUGGAUCCAUGAAGGUUCGACAGCUCCCGGAAAGAGAGUGCUCUAUAGUACAGAGCUUGUAUUAAUGACAUGGUCCUUGUUUUUAAUUUAUGUAUGAAAUGGACACCUUAAAAGUCUAUGGCCCUUAGAAGUCACCUUUGGAAAAUUUUAUAAGAUUCACUAUUUUUAAUUUAAUUUUGUCUUAUACCUUAAAAGAUAUGAAUGUGAUGCCAAUGGACAUAAAUUCCAUGGUGCAGUAUUAACAUAAACCAGUACCUUUCUACGGUCCUAAACACAAGGUUUUGUUGUAUGGGUAGUGAAUAUCUAGAAUAUUAUUGUAAGUUUUAAAGUAUUCUGAGCUUACAAAAUGUGGAACGUGAUUUAAGAUGUUUAGAGUUGUACUUUUUUCGUUGUUUAUCUUACCUUUGAAUAGAGGGCCCUAGUCUAUUAUUUAGUGUAGAGUAUUCCUUCUUGCAAUGUAAAUGCCCCAACAACAAGAAAAAAAUUUCUUGUAAAUUUUGUGCUUGGAGAGCGUUUUUCAUUCCACAGUACUUAGUAUUGAAGCAAUUUUAUUUUUCAUUUGUUUAUAUGUGCUCAAGAAGGUAUUGGUUUACAGUUAAAGAGAGACAGCUUCAUAAUGCUCACUUUCAUGUUUGUUUUAUAGAUUGAUGUUCUCAAUGUGCAUUCUUCAGUGCUGUUAGCAAUUUUGCCGAGUGCUAAACAGAAAUUGAUUAGGUUAGGAUGUAUUAUACCAUACCAUCUUAAAAUUGGGAGCUAGAAGUUCCCAUUAAAUGUGCUUGGGGUUUUAUUGUCUUUAAAGUGGCACAUUCACCUGUGAUUAUAUAUGAUUUUAUUUAUUAUGACCUGAAGUUAUGCCAUUGUUUCUAAAUAUUAAGUUAUUAACAAGUAUUGGAGUCCUCACACCUCCUAAAUCUUGUUAUUUUUAUAAUGAGGACUUCUGAAAGUUGCAUGAGAACCACCUCCAACAGGAGCCAUACCUGCAAGAUACAUAUGAGGUGACCUCUGCCUCUAUUGGAUCUUAAAUUAAAGUGUAACUUUGAUCAGACUUGUAGAGACAAGUGAUACAUCAUAAUUCUUAAAUCACUGUUAAUAAUAAACAAUUUGUUGUCAAAUAAAUGGCUAUAUAAUGUUUUAUGAUGCUACAAUAAAAUUAAGUCAAUGAGAAGCAGUGCUAAAUUUAGAGAUUAUGUGUGUUGAACAUUUUAAUGAAAAUAUUGUUACGUGGCAAGAACCCACCCCCUGACACACAUUGUGUCUUCUAAUGCCAUAAUUUAAUUUUGAAGACGUCAGUUUUGCAAGUAAAUCCCUCAGCUGAUUUCUUGCAUAUUUUCCACAUCUUUAAUGACAAAGCUUCAUGUUUUAGGAUAUUCAAUAUUUUUGUCCCUUCUAUCAGAGAAUUGAGAAAUGAUAUAGUAGAAUUGUGUAGUUAAGGAGUUAGCUUUGUAGCUUUGUCAGCAUACUAGGCACUUUCAAUUUGUACAGUUUCAUGACGACAAUAUUUUAUGAGAUGUGUUCUUGAUGUUUGUUGCAAAGCUUUUGGUUGUUAGAUAGCAAUUAAAGAAACGGAGUUGAUACUAACUCACCGUGCAUCUUACUUAAACUUUGUAUUGAGCCUCAGAGUUAUUCAACAUCCUAUCUCCUCUGAAAAUAUAUCGGAAUUAACUUAAAUUCUUAGUGGAGUUGGUAAUAAUUAUGCCACAAUUUAGUGGUACACUAAUUAAUUGGAGUUCCUUACUACACAAUGGCUUUAAAUGAUCAUUUUUAUUGCUUUCACUUAAAACCUGUUACUGCAUUUUAUUGUGUGAGCUGUAAGUUUAGGUAAAUUGAUAGUCAUUGCAAUGAAACAUUAACCAUCAGUAAUCAACAUGCUAAUUCGAAAGACAGGACAAAGUACCUCUCAUGUCUCCUUAUCAGUGAUUUUCUUUGUUUGUAUUUUCACUUCAUUUACGCAGAUUGCGUUUUAUUUUAAAGCGACUGACCUCUGUUGUGUGGAUCAACACACUCUUCACUUUUCAAAUUGCACACUUGUCAAAAAAUUACUUAUUGAUUGAUUGAAAAUUUUAGUGGAGAUGAACUACUAGCCCCUGUUGGAAACGGUUUCUUGCAUUUUCUUUUAAUCGUUUGGCUUGUGCCAUUUGCGCAUAUGUGUGUUUGUGUGAGUGUAUGUGUGUGUAUGAGCAAGUGGAACUGAGAGAAUGUGAAGUGUAUCUAGUCUAGUUUUCCGUUGAGGGUAAAUCCUGCACUGUCUUAAAUUGAAAUGUUAAUUUAUUAAAAAUUGUAGAUUUUGUUAUCUUUCAAAUCAUGUUUGAACUGACAUCUACUAUUAGUAGGUUUGUUGACUAGCAGCCAGGAAGAUAAAGGGAGGGUAUUGUUGCUUCUUUAUUAUCAAUUUUUUCCAACUACCUGAACUAUUUUUAUGUUGUUCAUCUAUAAAUUACGGUUUUGCAUGUACUCUUUGCACGAACCAAUUAGUUUCAUAUGAAUGUUCUGGAAAAAGAAUAUAAAAUUUGUUCCCAAAUGUUCUCUUCUGUCACUCAAUACUGAAGUGACUGGGACCAUAUAUUCUGUAACACCAAUCAUUGAAUUUCAUUUUGAAGGAGUGUGGAGCAAAGUUCUAGAUUGAUUCUCUGUUGUUUAGGCUCUUCUUAGUCCUGCCUUGUAGUUUAAUUUACAGGGUAACAUUUAAAAUUGGAGGCAAUACCCCCUUCCUUCCCAUUGAGUCUGAUGGUGUUUUACAAAAGACAUCUUAGCUAAUAACAGUCAACAUGUACUUUUUUUUCUCUCCUGCCCAUGUUAAUCAUGAGAAAAAAUGGCAGACAAAGUUAGUAUUUCAGUGCAGGAUAAGCUUUGGUUGCAGAGCAAAUGCCAGCCCUUUACCACAGGGACUUUGAGCCCUUUAAUUUGUGCUGUAUCAAAACAUAAUCAAGACUCCUUUAUCUUACCAAAGCAAUAGCUUAUUGUGGAUCAUUGUUCUGUUAUGCCGCACCAUCUGGUGGGGUAUUGUAUAUCAUUUAAUUUGUUUGUUUUUAGUCGAAUAGUCUCCUAAAUGUGUUUUGAGAGUUGAAAUAUAUAGUGAGAGGAAAGUAUUUAAUGUAAUUAAGUUUAUAUUGAUUGUAUUAAUAUGAAUGCACAGAAAUAAAUGCCAUGUUUACUGUU